UGGGGUGGGACAGCCGGAGACGACUGUGCUCCCAGUCGCUCAGUCCGCGCCCCGACACGCAAUCACACGCACACACUUCUUCUUGGUUAGGGACGGAGAGUCGCGAAAUUGCUGUUUUUCUUUUUUCUUUAUCUCUCUCUCUCUCUUCCUCACUUUUGCUCGGGCUGCGCUUUGAGGUGUUUCUUUUCGAGUCGGUCUCGUGAUUUUCCCGCGUGUCGGAUCGGCCCGAUUCCUUCCGACCGUCGUCGUCGGUCCAAACGGCGGUAUUCUCGUCUUUCUUCACUGAUUACUAACACAACCGAACUCACAACACACUAACCAACUGCGUCUCUCGAGAACAAGCAUUAUGAUCUCGUCCAGGACAUCAUGCCAACGCCCUGAGUCCUGAAUGAGAAAACGAGUCCCACGAGGAAGCCUGCGGCGACUCCGACGACGUAAGCGAGCGGGGCCCUCGGUGCGAAGAAGGGGCUCCGCGGGAAGAGGGCCGCGUGAACGUAUCCCUGGGUCCGUCGUGGUGUUGUCCGCCGGGGGUGGCGGUGGCGGAGGGGGUGGAGGAGUUUGCAAGCGGCGUGAUUUGGAACGUCGGACGGGUGGCGGUCGCGGUGUCCCUUGUGUUCCCACCAUCAGCUCUUCUGUCGCAGGAAGCGCGGGAGGGUGCGGCCCCGUGGUGGGGCUCUCCUCCUAUAAAAAGCGCCAAGGCAGUGGCACCGUCUGGGGUCGCGGCAGCCGUGGACGCGGCAGGGGUCGCGGGGGCGGCGCGAACCUCUUGGGUUCCGGCGUCGCCCCCGCGAAUUACGCACCAGGACUGCAGGGCGUUGCGCCUGGGCUGCGGGAGGUCGUGAAUAUCCUCGGCGAGAGGAACCAAGCUGGCACCUUGACGGGCGUGGGCCCGCCGCCGGGAACGCUGGAUAACGAGAGCGCGUGCGACGAGGAGGAGGGGACUUCCACCAAGAGACCGCCGAGGCCUCUCUACAGGAGAUUAAUCAACUACGUGAGACAAGCCUGGACCGGCGUCAAGUUCGCCCUAGACUCGGAAUACGAGGAAGAGCAAACACCGAGAUACAGACCGGACUCUUUGGCGAGUCUUUGUCGAGCCACCAGAUUCACGGAGGCCGAGCUGAAGAGGAUAUAUCGCGGCUUCAAGGCUGAAUGUCCUACGGGAGUCGUCAGGGAGGAAACUUUCAAGUGCAUCUAUUCGCAAUUCUUCCCCCAAGGAGCCAAUACAAGCCAGUACGCGCAUUACGUUUUUAAUACUUUGGACCAGGAUCACAGCGGGCUUCUCAGCUUUGAGAUCUGAUUUUGGUGACCCUGAACCAUCUUGA